UCCCCGGAGCUCCCCUGAUAUUCCCUCAGCGCCCCGCAUCUCCCCUGGUCUCCCCUCAGCUGCCGCGGACAUGGAUGACGAACCCGAGCGGACCAAGCGCUGGGAAGGAGGCUACGAAAGAACAUGGGAAAUUCUUAAGGAAGACGAAUCCGGGUCUUUGAAGGCAACCAUUGAGGACAUUCUCUUCAAGGCGAAGAGGAAAAGACUCUAUGAACACCAUGGACAAGUUCGGCUUGGAAUGAUGCGUCACCUUUACGUGGUUGUUGAUGGAUCAAGAACAAUGGAGGACCAAGACUUAAAGCCAAACAGACUUACUUGCACUCUGAAGUUAUUGGAAUAUUUUGUUGAAGAGUACUUUGACCAGAAUCCUAUUAGUCAGAUUGGCUUAAUUGUAACCAAGAAUAAAAGAGCUGAAAAAAUGACGGAACUCUCAGGAAACUCAAAAAAGCAUGUAACUGCUCUGAAGAAAGCAGUGGAUAUGAACUGCAGUGGAGAGCCUUCUCUAUAUAAUUCCCUAAAUUUGGCCAUGCAGACUUUAAAGCACAUGCCAGGACAUACAAGCAGAGAGGUUUUGAUAGUCCUCAGCAGUCUGACGACAUGUGAUCCAGCCAACAUCUAUGAUCUAAUUAAGUGUUUAAAAGCAGUAAAGAUCAGAGUAUCUGUCAUCGGCCUAAGUGCUGAAGUUCGAGUUUGUACAGUACUUGCCCGAGAAACUGGUGGAACAUACCACGUUAUUUUGGAUGAAAGUCAUUAUAAGGAGCUGCUGAUGCACCAUGUCAGUCCUCCACCUGCCAGUUCAACUUCUGAGUGCUCCCUUAUUCGAAUGGGUUUUCCUCAGCAUACUAUUGCUUCUCUAUCUGAUCAAGAUGCAAAGCCUUCCUUUAGCAUGGCGCAAUUGGAAAAUAACAGUGACCCAGGUCUUACACUGGGUGGAUAUUUUUGUCCUCAGUGCAGAGCCAAAUACUGUGAGCUUCCUGUGGAAUGCAAAAUCUGUGGUCUUACGUUAGUGUCUGCACCUCACCUGGCUCGGUCUUACCAUCACUUGUUUCCUUUAGAUGCCUUUCAGGAAGUUCCACUGGAAGAAUACAAAGGGGAACGGUAUUGUCAAGGCUGCCAGGGAGAAAUGAAAGAUCAAAAUGUGUACAUAUGCAAAGUGUGUCAGAAUGCGUUUUGUGUGGAAUGCGAUCUGUUUGUUCAUGAUUCGCUGCACUGCUGUCCUGGCUGUAUUCAUGAGCACCCUGCUCCUGUAUCUACCUCUUGAAACUGCUCUGGACUGAACACCCAGGAGAGCACCGGCAGCUGCAGCUGUGGCCCACUGGGCCAGGCCUGGCUUGCCGGUGCAAUUCCAGCACCGGAGGGACUGAUCGGAGACUGAGUGAGCUGAGCUUCAACCCAGGGUUUUCUCAGUUUGUCGUCUCUUUUAGAGUGGCAAGGGGUCUCAUUGUUUUGAUAUUGUUUUGGUCUUACUGUUUAAUAAACAGUUUUUUUCCACCUUUCUCCAAGGAGGUAUUUUUCCUCCCGGACCAGUUGGGGGGAGGGGCCGAUUGGAUCUGCUUUUCCCACUGGAGCUCCUUUGGGGGAUUCUUCC